CUGUGUAGCCCCGCCCCCUGACGACCCCGCCUUGCAUGUUUUUUUUGUCAGAGCUGAGUGUAGCAGACGGCUAGCUCAGCCGUUUAAAUGCAGCAGGGCUAGCCAACCACACAUCCACGGCAUUUUUAAGAAGAUGCACAGUGUUUUAACUUUUUAACCAUUUUCCCUCCAGCGCGUUUAAGCCUGAGGAUACUGUUAUGGUUUCGGAGAAUGGAAACGGACGACGUGUCGGUUAGAGAGCAACUUUUCCACAAUCGUGUCCGGGAGACCAUAAUCUGUGUACUCCUGUUUACAUGCCUUUACAUGGUAUCCUACCUCAUACUUACCCACUUCAAGAAGACUGCAGAGUUUGUCACAGAUGAUAUUGAAGAUGCCACUGUCAACAAAAUUGCGCUGUGGUUGUGUACGUUCACCCUGUCUGUUGCAGUGUGUGCUGUGCUCCUUCUCCCCAUCUCCAUUCUGUCCAAUGAGGUGCUGCUCACCUUCCCACAGAGCUACUACAUGCAGUGGCUCAAUGGAUCUCUUAUUCACGGCUUGUGGAACCUAGUUUUCCUUUUCUCCAAUUUGUCCCUGGUCUUCCUCAUGCCCUUUGCCUACUUCUUCACGGAGUCUGAGGGAUUUGCAGGGUCCAAAAAGGGGGUUAUGGCACGAGUGUAUGAAGCAGUUGUGCUGCUGUUGCUGUUGGCUCUGCUUGUGCUGGGCAUUGUGUGGGUGGCAUCAGCCCUCCUCCACGACAACAUAGCCAGGAAGAGCCUCUACGACCUGUGGGAGUAUUACCUUCCCUACCUGUACUCUGGCAUCUCUCUGUUUGGAGUGUUGCUGCUUUUGUUGUGCACUCCCUUUGGGUUGUCCCGGAUGUUCAGUGUAACAGGCAGCCUAUUGGUCAAACCACGGCUGUUGGAAGAUGUAGAAGAUACUUUGAGCUGCACCACAUUUGAGGAAGACUCACUCUCCAGAAAACUGAACUGUGGCAGUACGUCAUGCUGGGUCAAGCUGAACAUGGAGGCGAUAAAAAGAGAGUACCAAACAGUCCGGAGCAAGCGCAUCGCCCUAGAAAUGCGUAGGAAAGCAUCCCCAUGGCAGCGAAACUUGGGAUAUCCACUGGCCAUGCUUGUGCUCCUGGCACUAACGGUGAUGUGUGUACUCAUGGUCUGUUUCAAUGUGUUGGAGUUGCUCCUGGAUGAAACGGCUAUGCCCAGAGGAAUGGAGGACCCUCAUCUGGGGAUGGCCUCCUUCUCCAUGUUUGGCUCACUGGGUGCUGCAGUUCAAGUAGUCCUUAUCCUCUAUCUGAUGGUGUCCUCAGUGGUGGGCUUCUAUAGUUCUCCUUUCUUCACUGGCCUCCUGCCUCGUGCACAGGACACCAACCUCACACAGAUAAUUGCAAACUGCGUUUCACUGCUUAUCCUGAGCUCAGCACUGCCAGUCUUUUCACGCACACUUGGGAUCACCCGCUUUGAUCUACUGGGAGACUUUGGUCGGUAUAACUGGCUUGGGAACUUCUACGUUGUCUUCCUGUACAAUAUGCUGUUUGCUGGUCUCACCUCUGCCUCCCUGAUCAAGACAGUCACCUGGGCGGUACAGAGAGAGCUCAUCCGUGCCUUUGGUCUCCACAGACUGCCUUUAACUGUGUCACGCUCCACCGUCCCCUUCAGACUCCUCCUGGCCAGUGGACUGUCUAAAAUCCAGUGACACCCCCGCCUUUCCUAACCUUUAGAAACUGAGCCACUUCAAAUGUGCACCUAUUGGAUUAAAGGCAUUUGCAAUUCAGUCCCUUUGCCAGUCAGUACACAGAUCUGGUCGUCCCGUGUGAAGAGACUGGAGAAGGUGACUGUUGUCCAGUGGGAGCUCUGCUUGAAGCUGUGUUUUAAUGACCAACAUAUCAGGGUCCAAUUUUGUGCAGUUAUUUGUCUGCAAGGAGAAGUAUUGGUACAAGCAGUCAGCUGAGUCAUGGUUACGACUGGAACAAAAGCAAAAGGGAUUUAAGCCAUAUUGGCAGCCCUGCCAUAGUGGACAAUAACAGAGCAAUCCCCCCACAAAACCUGAUGCCCAAUCAAAAGAGGAUCCAGUGGAUAGCCGUUGCUCUUUUGACACAUGUGAAAGUCAGCAGAGUUAUUUUGAAAUAUUACAUUGUAACUGUGACAUAAUUUCCUCUUCCUGCUCCAGGUCGACUGAGUGCUCUCUCUUUCUCGUUGGCUUCCCCAUGCUUUCCUCUCUUAGGUUGUACCACUAUUUUAAGAUUGGGAAUCUUACUUCCAUGUGUUUGGUGGUCCAUUCUGCACCAGUGUUAUGUUAGUUAAUGAGAGGAAGUUGUUAUUGGGAGCAAAUAGGACACAGAGUACCUUGUCUAUCUAUGGAUCCACAGGUUACACAGGGAAUAUGAGACUAGGGUAAAAGUCUCAGUGUUGGAGCUCUUUUACAAACCCAGUUUACUAGUAAAAUGAAGAGCAUUUUCUGUGGUAAUUUACCAUUGAGCAGGGUUUUUACUUUUGUAGAUGACAGUAAGCUUACUGAGUCUGAGGAUUACUCAUUGAUUUACAAAAAUACACUAAAAAGAAAGCUUUACACUUUGUCUUAUGCAAGACUUUUGAAUGCCAAUGUGACACUAACUUUGAACUUCUGCCUUUGACCAAUCAAACUGUGAAUUAAGAAUUUGUGUGGGGAAGUGCAAUAUUUUCUAAGUAAAAGUACACUUUUUAACUUUACCAAAAGUAAUUUCUAAUUUUUCUGUAUACUUUCUAUUAAUUUUCUAUGAAGUAUUUUUUUCAUCUCAUUCCUCUUUGUUGGACUUUAGGUGAAUGCUUAGAGUAGUUUCUGAAAGUUUUCAUAAAGCAAAUGUGACUAUCAAUCCAUGCAAUCUUUUCCAAUGUCAAAAAGAAAUUCUAUUAUGUUUAUCAGCUGUAUCUCAUCAUCCUCAAUGUGUUGGUGACCCUGUGUCACCGUUUGCCUUUGCUGCUGUAUCAGCAGAUUAUUAGCUGUUGGUUUGACCGGCAGGGGACAGUGUCUCUCAAACCCAACACCAGCCUCUGUGUUGCGUGUGAGUCUCUCGGGUUAGUUAUUAUAUGUAUUAUGUAUGGAGCACUCUGAGGUUUACUCAUUUCACUUUUAUGUGGGAAUUUUCUUUUGGUUUUUGGGAACACAAAGUUUAUAAUGUACUGUUUAUCAUUAUUUAUUGGGAGUUUGGGAUCUAUACUUCACAUGUUGACUCUUAGGAUGUUUAACAGUUGUUUAAAAAUGUUGAAUGUGAUACAGUUGAGACAAAAAACAUCUUGAGAGUUGCUCUCAAAGAUGAAAAAUAGUGCGUUUAUUGUUUACUUUUGAAAUGCUGCUCUGAUGUUCCAGAUUUUCUGAACUGAAUUUUAACCAUCAUUGUUUUAUGAGCAGAAAGCAAUAAAGUAGUUUGUGUCCUUUUGGAUGCUCAUCAAGGUGA